AUGCGCGCCAGUUGCGAAGAGCUGCCACAGCCGGCUCCUGCGCCGCGCGCGCCCCUGGGCCCGUCGCGCGCGGAGAACUGCGCUGAGAUCGGGGAGGCCAAGAAGCAGGCAUGCGCCGCGGCAGCGCCGACCGCCGUCGCAAGGACGCCGCCGCGGCAGCGCCAGUCACCACUGCGACCGCACCAGUCCCUGCUGGACGCCGACGACGACGUCUGCACGCCCUCACCCAAUGUAACGGUGCGAGCGCGGCGGAAACGCCGCCGCCGCAAGGCCCUCGGGUCCGCCGAGAAGACGUUCGACGCGAAUCCCGCAUCGCCGCCGACGUCACCAUCAGCAGCGACGGUACCGCCGGUCUCACCGCGGUCCCUGCCCGCCACACCGACAAUCAAGUCGCCGCCGACGCACGCGCCCCUCUCCGAGCCGCCAUUACGACGACGCACCUCGCGGCGGUCGCUCGACGCGCUCGCGGAUGGCGCGGAGCGCGCGUCGCGGGCCCUCCCGCUACGAGAACGGGUCACGUUCAUGCGCCAGACGAGCCGCGACGCGGGCGUGAUUCAUCCGAACUCGGGCCCGCGGCGCCUCUGGGAUUUUUGUGCUGCGCUCGUCGCCGUCGCGAUGGUGCUCAACCCGAACGUUAAUGUGAUGGGGUCGGCCUUCUUCGUCGCUGACGCGGCGCUGAACCUGCACACGGGUUAUGUGGAUAAAGGAGGUACUUUGAUCUUACGACGCGGCCGCAUUAUGAGGCACUACGCCGCGGGCUGGCUCCUGCCGGACGUCCUGGGCGCGCUGGGCCCGAGCGCGCUGGCGGCGGUGCCGGCACCGAGGAGGUGCGCCGUCGGCUCCUACGACACGUGGUGGGCGCCUGUGUGGAAAUCAACAUUUUACGGCGCGUUCGUCCGACACACUGGUUGAUUUCCACACAGGUGGGCGCAGUGCAAGCCCCCACCGCCGGGACCCCUCCAGAUCGCGCGACGGAUUUUGAAGGCAUUCGACCUGAAGAGACGGCUCCGCGAGGCGGCCCCACGCAUCGGCGGCGUUGUGGACGCUUAUUUGGCCAGUUGGCUGCCCGACCUGCCGACGCUCAUCGCGCGGAUCCUGCGGCUGAUUCGUCUGUUGGUCGCGUUGCGCUGCGUCCGCUGGCUGAGGUUGGCGCAGUGCGGCUUCCGGGCCGUGCAGGUCGUGCGCUCGCGGAUGCGGCGGGCGAGCGCGCGGCGCGCGGCGAGCCGCGUCGUGAGCGUCGAGCACGACUCCAUCGCGCACGUGUUUCGCCGGGCGCGGCGGCGCUUCUCCGUCGUGUAG